AUGGCGGUGUUGAAAGAUGAAUGGGGAGGUUAUACUAUUCAGCUAGACGAAGAGAAAGAAGGCAACCAUGUAGCAUCUGUGGAUUAUAUCUUUCAGAGGAUUGGAGAACCUGUCCCUAUAAAGCUUCAGAACACCAAUUUUGAUACUGAAUGUCCUCCAAUAAGGCCUUUGGCCGUCUCUGAACAAUUUGGAGCCAUAUUCGUUGCACACAAUGAAGGGUUCUGUGUUGCAAAGACAAAGGAUGUUAUCGAGGCAGCGAAGGAAAUAAAGGAGAAAAAUCAAAGUUCAUGUAUCCAAGACCUUAGUGUUGUAGAUGUUCCAAUUGGUAAGGCUUACAUUUUGGCAUUGUCUACGGAUUCUUCAACGCUUGCUGUCACUGUUGGUGGAGUGGUUCAUUUAUUUUCGGUUGAUUCUCUUCUUAACAAGGAGCAAGAACCAUAUUUCUCAUAUUCACUUGAAGGAGGUUCAACCUAUGUCAAGGACUUACAGUGGAGAAAAAAUUCAGAAAACUCAUAUCUUGUUCUUUCAGAUCAUGGAAUGCUUUAUCAUGGAUUUAUCAAGGGUCCUUUCAAAGAUGUAAUGGACAAUGUUGAUGCUGUUGAUUGGAGUGUCAAAGGCAAAUAUGUUGCUGUUGCGAGAAACAGUAAUUUAAGAAUCCUGUCAUCCAAAUUUAAGGAACGGUUCUGCAUGUCAUUGUCAUUCAAGUCAUGGAUUAGUGAUCCUGAUCCAAAAUGCAGAAUAAAAGUGGAUUCACUCAAGUGGGUGCGAAGUGAUAGUAUCGUCAUCGGAUGCUUUCAAUUGUCUGAAAAAGGCAGGGAGGAAGGUUAUCUGGUUCAAGUAAUCACUAGCAGAGAUGGGAAAAUAACUGAUACUUCUUCCAAGCAUUUUGUUCUAUGCUUCAGUGAUAUAUUUUCUGGCGUAGUUGAUGAUAUAUUGCCCUUUGGAGGUGGACCGUGUUUGUUCCUGAGCUAUCUGGAGCCAUGGGAGCUUGCAUUUGUUGCCAACAAGAAGAAUACAGAUGAGCAUAUUAUUUUGUUUGGAUGGUCGCUGGAGGAACAGCUCAAGGAAGCUGCAGUAAUUAGUCUUAACAGAGAUAAUUGGCUCCCUAGGAUUGAGCUUCAGGAAAAUGGCGAUGAUAAUUUGAUCAUGGGGAUUGGUGUUGACAAAUCUUCCUUGUAUGACAAACUGAAAGUUGAAUUGGGGAACGAACUACACAAGGAACUCUCACCGUACUGUGUUUUGCUGUGUCUCACUCUUGAGGGAAAGCUUAAUAUGUUCCAUUUUGCAAGUGUUGCUGAACCUUCAGUCCCGCCUCGACCUGUCUUUUCUCUUUCUGACGAGGAAGAGGAUUCUUCAGCAUUCAUACAUUUGGAAAGUGAUACGUCCAAGACAUCAAGGGUAGAGGAAAACAAGCUGGAAGAAGUAGUUUCGGAUGUUACGGGAGAAAAGACUAGUAUAGAACUUAAUACAAAAGAAGGGGGGUACAUUCUGAAGGAAAUUGAUUUGAAACCCCCUGUGCUGAAUGUGACAUUGAAACCCUCAUUUGUUACUGAACAAAUCUCCCGUAAGGAUACAAGUACACAAAAUCAUGUAGUUGAAAAUUUUGCAAAUUCUAUGACAUCUGAAAUUUAUAAUAAACAUACAGAUCCUGCAAAGCAUAGUCAAGAAGCGGAACAGUCACAGAUUUCUGGACAGAAAAGCUCAAGUUCAGGGCAAUCAUUUCUGAAUCCACCUUCUUCACAGGGAUUUAGUUCAGCCUUCAGCGGGACAGAAACUCAAAAAGUUGGUUUAUCCUCGGAUGGGAAGAUCACAAGUGACACAUCUACCACCAAUCUUUCCAAUAAAAAUUCACUUAAUUGUGUUGAGGUGGGUAAAUUAUCCCUUGAAAAGGUUGGAUCAACUAGCUUUCAGAGCGCUGCAUCUGGUUCAGGGUCCAGUGGGAAAUUCUUAUUUUCAGAUGAUCUGAAUGCAAGAUAUUCUUCUGCUGCUUCCAGUUCUAUUCCAGUAAAAGUGCAUGAAAGUUCUGGUCUUAGCACAGUAAAUGCUACACCUCUUCCUGGAUGUCAAAAUUCAUCUGAUCUUGUGUCUGGUGGUAAGAUCCUCAGUUCAAAGAAGGACUAUAGUGCUAAUCCCUUCUCAAAUACCCAUUUUUCUGGUAGAGCCACUGAAACUGGAGGACAAAGAACUACUACUGGUGCAGGAAAUACUGAAUUAGUGCCUGCUAUACACAGCUCUCAAAUCUCAUUGCAGGAAAGUUCUGUGGUAGGAAGGUCUUUGAGCAGUAAGUUACAUCAUACAAAGGAAAAUAACAGAACUGCCCCAUCUUCAUUGGUGCUGGAUUCGGAUCCGGAGUUUUCGAAACAUUUUGGAAAUGUGAAGGAGAUGGCAAAAGAACUGGAUUCCCUUCUAUCAUACAUAGAGAAGGAAGGUGGUUUCAGGGAUGCCUGUACUGUCUUCCAGAAAAGUUCAGUUUUAGCAUUAGAACAGGAUUUGGACAAUCUUUCAGACAGAUGCAGAGCAUGGAGGAAUACAAUAGAAGUAUGCCUCGAGGAAGUACAAAAUCUUCUAAAUAAGACUGUGCAGGUCUUAGCAAGGAAAAUACAUAUGGAAGGCAUUGUCAAGCAAGCUUCUGAUAGCCAGUAUUGGGACCUUUGGGAUCGCCAGAAAUUGAGUCCUGAACUGGAUUUAAAGCGACGACAAAUUUUAAAAAUAAAUCAGGAUUUGACGAAUCAGAUGGUUGAAUUGGAAAGACACUUCAAUACUCUUGAGCUCAAUAAAUUUGGUGAGAAUAUUGGAGUCCCCAUGGGCCGUAGAGCAGUACAUGGCUGUUUUGAGGUUUCAGGACAAAUUCCAUCCUUGCAUACUUUGUAUAACACAAUGAAUUCACAAUUAUCAGCUGCACAGCAACUAUCUGAAUGUCUCACGAAACAGAUGGCUGUGUUGAAUAUUGAAUCACCAUCUGCCAAACGACAAAGUGUGGCAAAAGAGUUGUUUGAAUCGAUCGGACUUGCUUAUGAUGGUGACUCUUUCAACUCUCCAGACUUAAAAAGAGCUGUCGAUCCACCAGAUCCAGUAAAGAAACUUCCAUAUUCUUUGGGCAGUACUGCUGUCAAACAGAAGUCUAGGAGAAUCCCAUCAAAUGCUAUAAAAAGUUAUGAACCAGAGACUGCAAGGCGGAGAAGAGACUCACUGGAUCGAAGUUGGGCUAGCUUUGAGCCUCCAAAGACAACUGUCAAAAGAAUUUUGUUGCGAGAAGAACAAGCAAGGGUUACUGCAGAUAAAUCAUCCUUGCUGAUGACUAAGGAACGCCGUAGUUAUCAACAGCAUGAGCGAUAUUCUGAUGCCAGCUGGAAGGGCCAGACCUCAUCUCCUCCUUCCAUGUACAUAUCCAUGAACAAAGCUGAGUCGCUCAAAUUUCAAGAAAAAAAAGAUGUACAGGAUAAACCAUUAAAGCAGAAUUUUGAAUGUGAGUCAACUUUGUUCAAAUGGGCUGGUGACCGUUCACAGCUAUUGCACACUACAGGGUUGAAAUCUCCUGUGAUACAAGUAACACAGAGAAGCAAUCUUCAAUCUUUUUCAUUGUCAUCAGCAUCCGAAUCAUCACCCAGCUCUGUUCAGAAUAACAUGAGGGAGACUGGGGAUUUGGCUGCUGACAGAUCAAACACUGGUGUGAGUCAUGUUGGGAAGUCUGAUUCAUCAACAGUUCAAUCCUAUCCAUUCUCUUGGACCAAAGCUAAUACACAGAUUGAAGCUCCCAGGAACCAAAUACCAUCAACACGCUUGAAUUUGCCUCAGCAAACUCCAGUACCACCAAAGAAAGCACCAGAUGUAGAGACCCAAAGAGCCGAUCUCCCACAUUUGACUACUGAAGGAACUGCUCAGACAAAACCAACGGGAAGUGUGAAACAUGAAGCUGUUACUCCAGAAAAGUAUUCUGCAGUGCCUGAAAAAAGUCACAGCUCAUCAUUCCCUGCUGUGUCUACUAAUGAACCAGCUGCUUCUCUGCAUGGAAAAGUUUCCCAGUUUGAUGCAGUAACAACCAAGAUCCUGCCUGGUAUUACAGCAUCAGCUUCAGCAGUUUCUCCUGCAAUCUCAACAUCACCUUCAGUCUCAUUCCCAUCUCCCACGAUUUCUUUAUCAACAAAUCCUCCAAAUGCUUCACCCUUUUCAUUAGCGUCUCCACCAUCUUCAUCAUCAGCCAUGUCAUAUGGGGGAUUAUUAACUUCCAAACCUAGCACAGAAGCUGGUAAGAUGAUUCCAUUACCGAUGCAAUCUUCAGAUCCUUCUGGUCUGACCCCUUUUUAUUCAGGUCCUUUUCAAGCCCCAAAACCCCAGGCUUUGCCAGCUAUUCAAUCUGCUUCCCCAAUUUCAACAUCGCAGGCACCUUUUACAGAGCCUAAGCCUUCAGUUAGGGAAUUUGAUCAAAAAUCAGAUGUGAGUGCCAUUUUACAAGCUCCAGUUUCACAGCCUGUGCUUGCCACUGAUGAAUCUACUUUGAAGCCAGAGCCAUCCGUACCACCAGAACCUGCUGCAGGUGCGGCUUCAACAAGAUUGGCAUUUGGAAGCCAGCCAAGUUUCAACAAUGUAUUUAGUGCUGGUCCCAGUGUUGCUUCCGGUUCUAAAUCUGAACCACCAUCUGCUGCAACUGGUUCAUUCCCAACAUCUCUUUCAUCUUCCAACAGUGCACCCGAUGGAAAGAAGGAAAGUGUGGAAAUUACUCAAGAGGAUGAGAUGGAGGAAGAAGCUCCGGAUAUGACAACUGACCUGAGCCUGGGAAGCCUUGAUGGGUUUGGUAUUGGGUCAACCCCCCUUUCAGCUGCACCAAAACCCAAUCCAUUUGGUGGUCCAUUCAAUAAUGUGGCAUUGAAUCCAACAACAUCUCCAUUUACUCUUACUGCCCCCAGUGGGGAGCUGUUCCGACCUGCUUCUUUCAGUUUCCAGUCUCCUUUCAGUUCUCAACAAUCUCAACCAACUUCUGUGGCUACUUUCUCUGGUGGCUUCAGUACAGGAAGCGCUCUUUCACCUAGCACAGGAAGUGGUUUUGGCCAGCCAGCACAGAUUGGACCUGGGCAGCAAGCAUUGGGAUCUGUACUUGGUGCUUUUGGACAGUCAAGACAAUUGGGCUCCAGCUUACCUGGUAAUGCUUUUGCCUCUGCAAGUGGAUUUGGUGGUGGUGGGUUCUCAGCUGCUGCAAAAACUGGAAUUGGAUUUGGUUCUGAUAGCGGGUUUACUGGCACUUCUGCUGCAGGUGGAUUUGCUGGGGUUGCAUCAACUAGUGGUAGGUUUGCUGGUGUUGCUUCAACAGUUGGCGGGUUUCCUGGUGCUGCUUCAAGUGUAGGGUUUGCUGCCGCUGCCACCUCUUCUGGUGGUGGUUUUGCCGGAGCUGCCACUGGCAGUGGGUUUGCAGCAGCUGCUGCAGCAGGUGGUGGAUUUGGGGCUUUUGCCAACAAACAGGGAGGUGGUGCUUUUCCCACGUUGGGUGGCAGCAUGGGGGGGUCUGGUGGACCACCAUCCCAAUUAUUUACACAGAUGAGGAAGUAGUGGAAUACCUUGGAGUAAAGAAGUCAUAUGCUUGUUCGCUUGGAAUAUGAUUUUGUAUAUACGAGUACAUGAGAUCUUACAUCUUUUGCUGCAAAUUUUUAUGUCAGUAUUGAUCCACCAAUCCAAUGAAAAUGAUCAGAGCAUUGAGGCGAAGUUUGAUGAAACCAUAAAUCUUCUGCAACUGCUACUGCGAGCUGGGUUUACUAUUCCAUUUAACUUCUCAUGGAAAUGGGAGUUAACAAUGUAAACAUAGAUGCUAUUUUCUUCCCUUAAA